GACUCCACCUCCUGAACAUAAAUACUUUAAGUUGAACUUCGUGAGCCACUGAACAGAGCUUGGUGUUGACACUUAAAUUGAGAUGGCAGUGCUGUGGCAGCUCAUGUUCCUGUGCUGGGCAUGGAGUCCACUGUGUCUGUCAGCCAGGGUAAGCUUCAUCAGAACACCAGAAGAGUGUAAAAAGGCUCCCUUUGUCCCCGGUUACAAUCUGGGUGGAGAAGGCUUCGACAUCGUCAAAAUGGAGCGGAAAGGUGCCUAUGUGAUCGACACUGAAACAUGGAAGCUUGGCAAUGGCACUUGCAAGUUAUACAGAAACGGCUACAUGAAUAACGAAAAUCAGAAGAUCCCAGUUGCAGUUGUGGACUGGAGAACCCUCCCUAAGUGCAGUUUAACAGUCUCCAGUAAAGUCUAUGAUUCUGUCGAAACUCUUGUCAAUGACUCUACAUCAUCUGUGUCGAACAACUGGAGAUUCGGCCUUGAUAUCCCUGUACACGCCAGUGUUACUGUCGGUGUUGGCUUUGGAGGUUCCCACUCUAAAGAAUCGACCUUUGGCAUGAAAAAGUCAAAACAAGACCACUACACCUUCUUUCGCCAUUCUAUCUACUGUAACUUCUACCGCUACAGACUGGCAGCAAAACCUCCACUGAGUCAUGAGUUUGGAUCAGCUGUCAACUCCCUUCCGUCCUAUUCAUGUAAAACCGAACCAUUAUAUCGCAAUGUGAUCGACACCUAUGGUACACAUUACAUCACACAAGUGUUUCUGGGAGGUGAAAUGAAGGCAGUCACGGCUAUCAAGACCUGCCAAGCGACCAUGAAUGGACUGUCUGCAACAGAGGUGAAAGACUGUUUGUCAGUUGAGGCCUCAGCUGGCUUUGCAGGUACUGCCAGCAUAAAGGCCAUGAAAGAGCACUGUAAGCAAAAGAGGAGGAAGUUGGGCUCUGGCCAGAGGUUUAGCAGCAUGUUUAGUGAGCGUAACACAGAGGUCAUUGGUGGAAACAUUAAUGGAGCUGAUAUCCUGUUUGAAGGCCAAUCAAAUCCUUCUGUCUAUAAUAACUGGCUUAAAUCACUGAAGAACAUACCUGAUGUGGUCCAAUACAACUUAAAGCCCCUGCACACCAUACUGCCAAGUGCUCAUCCUGCAAGAGCCGGACUGAAGCGAGAGGUGGAGAAGUACAUUAAGAAAAAUGCAGUGUUGAAGAAAUGUUCAGAAACCUGUAAGAUUGGGAAGAGAUCAGGCAAGAGGGAUCCUUGUGCUUGUGUCUGCAACAGUAAUCAGAAUAUCAAGUCAAACUGCUGUCCUGCUGGGAAAGGUCUCGCGACAUUAAAGGUGUUCAAGCUUUAUGCACAGGGUCUGUAUGGUGACAAGUGGACUCAGACAGAUGGUUCAGUGGAGGUCAGAUAUGGUUACCAGGUAAAGCGCACUGCUAUUAUACAAGAUAAUGACAAUCCUAAAUGGAAAGAAAAGUUUAAUUUUGGACCCAUCAAAAUCAACAUGAGAAACAAACUUACGUUCAGUGUUUAUGAUGAGGAUACUUACUGGAACAGUGAUCUACUUGGUAAGUGUUCAUUUGGUCUGCGUAAAGGCAGAGUGAGCGACAGCUGCAUGUUAGAUCAUGGUACCCUCUUCUUCUCCUACAUAGUAAAGUGUGCACCAAGUCUUGGUGGUCAGCAAUGUCAAGAUUACAUACCUUCCCCCAUGAGUGCCUCUCUGGCCGCGGUCUUCUACACCAGAAACGGGGUCCUCGCUGGAGAAACUGGUAUGCUAAAUCAGCAGUCAGCCAGUUUGAAGCCAGCAGGUAAUAUGACAUGCAAUUAGAGUUUUAGAGAUUUAAUUUUAUAAUGCAUACUUUGCCAGUAGUAAAGCAGUAGUAGUAGUUGCCUCUUUCAUGUGCAACUGUAAUUUUCUUUUUUCUUAAUUUCCAAAAUUGAAUUACCUGUAUGUCUGUAAAAUUUCCAUUAUCCAGUUUUCAUGUGUUUCUUCUUUGUGACAUGAAUGUCACACA